CCAAAUCCCUACGUUAAUCUAGUCUAUAUAGUCAGGGUCCCCGCACUAACACAACUACCCGAACCGGGCUGAACCUCAACAUCUUUCAUAAUCUUACCGUUAGCCUUCACAGCCAUGUCGAAUAAUACCCAUAAUUUCCACCUGCUCGAGUUCGUCGCGCAAAAGCGCUUUCACCAGCGGAUAGUUCUGCCUGCUACUGCACACCAUGGGCGGCUUGCGGUUACCUAUGCAGACAUUGGACCCCGGACAACGAAGGAUGGCUCACCCACCCCGACUAUGCUGCUAAUUCAGGGAAUGGCAGGAUCCCGGCUAUGGUGCUGCCAGAAAGACCAUCUCGCUAACAAACUGGAGGUCAGAAUGAUCUCCAUCGACCGACCCGGCAUUGGCGGUUCAACUCCCGUUCCUCCUGGACAACGAGUCCAAGUAUGGCUGGAGACAGUGUCAGCGGUGUUGGAACAUCUAUCCAUUAAGCACGUCGUCCCUAUAUCUCACAGUGCCGGCACUAUCUACAUCUUGAAUUUGUUAAUGCAUCGACGCGACCUGCUGUGCCCGAAAAGGCCAAUGGCAGUACUAAUGGCGCCGUGGGUGGAGCCCAAACACUCGGAAAUUCUCUCCUUACAAAUGGCGAGGAUGAUCCCUACUGGCGUUCUGAAGCAAUGGAACAAGGUGAUGAAAUUCGUGGUCACCAAAGCGGUCCCUUCGCUCAGCUCGAGUGUGGACGUUCUCGCCUCGAUGGGCGGCAGUAUCCCCCGUGCGUCCAAAGAAGACAUUGAGCACCGUGAACCAAAUCUUACCGCAGAUGAGAUGGACCCACGGACCGCCGAGGAGUUGGGAAACUUAUGCAUCGAGUAUAUCUUCCUGGAGGAUACCACAGGAAUGAACGAUGAGACUGUUGUCUGCCUGAAGAAGUCAACCGGGUUGUGGGGAGUCUGCGAAGAUCUCCCGGUUUAUAUCCGCUGGCUGGUGCGGGCAGAACUGAUGCACCAACAAGGCCACCCGGAGGAAAAGCAGCCUUUGCAGAUCAGGGCUAUUUUCGCAGAGAAGGAUGGGAUGAUUGGACCCAAGGGACAAAAAUACUUCGAGGACUGCUUCACCAGAUCCGAUCUCAACGGUGUGGUCUCGUUUGAUUCAGUCAUGGAGAAAGGGACGGGACAUGACACGCUCUGGGGCUUGGACACGGCAUUCUUGAAAAUGCUGAGAGAUAUCAAAGAUACGCUCUCUCAGUAGGUUUGCCCUUGGCUCUUUCUGUGUGCUGGUGUCCAUUGCAUGGGGUUUCCUCGAAACAGCAGGGCUCCGCAUCCGAAUAUCCGAGAAUGGCCCAUUUGUCAGCAAAUCCCCAAGCCGAAAAUGUCACCAUCGGAGGGUCAAUUAUUAAUUCAAUUCAACCUCACGGACGCGCUGGGUAUAAAACCCACCUUGCCAUUGUUCAUCAUGUCUCCUUCGCUACAGCAAUUGCAUCUCGCUCCCUUCCUCCAUACCCCUCCAUCGCCAUGGGUUCUGUCCACCAAGCCCCCCGUGUGAUUCCCUCCACGGAGACUCCCUACUUUACCCCCGCCAACAAUGGCGGCGAAGCCCUCAACCCCGCCGACCCCAACACUCCCACGCUCUUCCGCC